UUUCCCCGCCUGUUGUCGGCCAUUUUGAUUGGAUGGUUCAUAAACGGAACGGAAAUCGGAAGUGUGUCAGUGAAAUAGAAACGACGAAUUGGAUCUUUUCUUGGUUAGGUUUUGUGGCAAACACGUUGUCGGAAAGAUAAGCCACAAUGCAGAUCUUCGUUAAAACUCUUACUGGUAAAACCAUAACCCUUGAGGUUGAGGCCUCAGAUACCAUUGAAAAUGUGAAAGCCAAGAUUCAGGAUAAAGAGGGAAUUCCUCCAGAUCAGCAGCGACUUAUUUUCGCUGGUAAACAACUUGAAGAUGGAAGGACCCUUUCUGAUUAUAACAUUCAAAAAGAAUCUACUCUUCAUUUGGUGCUUCGUCUUCGUGGUGGUGUCAUUGAGCCAACUCUCAGAAUUUUGGCCCAAAAAUACAAUUGCGAUAAAAUGAUUUGCAGAAAAUGUUAUGCACGUCUUCAUCCACGUGCAACCAAUUGUCGUAAGAAGAAAUGCGGACACACCAAUAAUAUCCGCCCAAAAAAGAAGCUAAAGUAAACUUUAAUAUUCUAUUAUCCAGGUCAUGGAAAAUGUAUAUUUAUUAUUUUUCAUACAUUACUACAAGCAAAAAAAAAACAAGACCUGUAUCUUUUUUUCACUUUCGAUUCAAAUAAAUUCUAAAUAGAGAUUAA